AUGCCGCGGGAGAAGUUUGCCUUUGCAUCUGCGGGGACAAAAUCCACGCAUAAUUCUGUAUGUGUUGCCCGCAACACUGAAGAUUUUAACCAGGAAGAGGGUCUUAGAAGGAAGUUGCGUCGUCAACUGCAACCUGACUGCGAUAACGAGUGGACGUCGAGAGCGGAGAAGUUUGAAAAGGCUUUGGAUGAUGAAUCACUUAAAGACCUUGCUGAACCGGCUGCGCCGCCAGUUCCUAAACUCGAGCAGGUUCAUAGAGCAACGUAUGCGGUUAACGAGGCACAACCGACCUAUCCGGAGGUUCUGGUCUGUAUCCAAAAGACGAGAAAUGGAAAAUCUGGUGCGGACGACGGAAUCAGCGCUGAAAUGCUACAAUGUCUUACUUGGUCUGGGAUUCGUGAGAUGACAAAAAUAGACGAAAGGAUACAUGAUUCGUGA